AAAAAAAAAAAAAAAAAAAUAAUAAUUGAUUGGUUCGAUAACUGAAUUUGAUAGUAUAAUUUUUAUUUCUAUCUCUUGUCAUAUAUCUUGAUUAAUUUUGACCUUGACUAUUUUUUUUUAACCGAAAAGAUAAGAACAGUUAAAUCUGGUUAUCAACAGGAAUAACACAAUUUCUAAUAGCUGUUUUUUUUUUUAGGAUAUCAUAGAAUUCUACCAUAAAACAUAUCAUAUCUAUAAUAGAAGUUAAUGGAGGUGGAUUCUAUUGUUGUAUACUUACAGUCUAUUGUUAGUACACAUAAAUGGUUCAGUAUCAGAUGAAAUAUAACUCAGUCAUCACUUGUUUAAAUGAUGAAACUCUUUAGCAAUCAAAGGCAUGUCAAAAUAAUUGCAUUCUUCGUCAAUUUUUAUUUUUAUUUUCCUUUAGUGCUCUUCUCAAUCUUCAACCUAUUUGGUCAUACAUCCUAUAAGACAAGAAUUUGUUUAUAUCCAGUUAGUACAACAGUUCUUAUUCUAAGCUCUUCAAUUAUCACAUGUAAAUACACAUCUUAUAUCUAAUUAACUUUUGUCAAUUUAUAAAUGUAUUGUAUAAAUUAUCAAAACGCUUCUUUCGCAACUCAAUGCUUCCGAUAUUUAUGCUUUUUUGUUUUGUCUGAUAGGUAUUUGUUUAAACAAGUUCUUGCUAAUACAUUUGAAAAUAAAAUAAAAACUUUGCUCAAGUCCUUGAUCUAAAGUCUUCUUUGCUUGUAAGCCAAUUCCUAUAAAUAUAUUUAUCUUCUUAUACUUCCCCAGCAAGUGAGAUUGUGCUUUACAUUAAUUCAUUAGUUGAUCACCCGGUCAUAAACCUAAGUUCUGUUCUUGAAAAAAAAAUAUUCAAAUAUUCAUCCUAUCACUUAUAUCUUGAAUGCACUUUUCCUUCAAGAAACCUAAGACGAAAUAGAUGGUAUGUUUUCUUUUCCUAGUUCUCA